AUGACGAGGCCAGCGAUAGCCCUACGGCAAUGGCUAAAGCUCCGCCAAUCAUUGUCUCCAACCCCCGGCGCACCGUCGAAUUCGCACGCGAACACCCUCUCUCCGUCCGCAAAUCCUCUCGCCCUCACAAGACACACACCCAGCUCUAAACGACCAUUUCACAACACACGAGUCCAAAAUGUGCAGCGCAAUGCCCGACCUGCGCCAGCAGCAAGACGGAAACGGGAAAACAACCAGUUCAUCCAACAGAUCCAGAUGCCAGACUUGCCGCAUGGAACGGCAACCACCAUGAACAGAGAUGGAUUCUUCAUACACUGUCUUGACAACAUCAUGAAAGAUGAAGUUAAGGAGUUGUGGUACAGGCAGAUGCAAGAGUCGGCCGGGCCCGAGUAUGAUCAAGCUAUUCGAGAUGGGGUUCUUCCAAGCGCGAUCAGCUUCAAGACUUUCAAAAGCGUGAAGAUGAAGCUGGUCGAUGCGUCAUUCGCUGCUCGGCCCAAUUCACAGGCGAUUCGGGCAAUUUCUGUUGACGUCGACGCCGUUUUUCGCAUUGGGUAUUGCGCGACAAUCUUUGAGAAACACCUUCGAGAAUGGAUCAUCGCGUCGUGUGCGAUGGCAAAGGCGCGCAUUCCCCUGAUUCUUGUUACGAACAGAAGCAUAGAGUGGUCAAAAGUGCCUGCCCGCACGGAGUGGACGCUUGAAGUGGAAAAGCUCGCAGCUCAAAAGUUCCCGCCUGCUUUAAUUCUGCAUGCCAAGAUACUGGGUCUACGCGGCGAAUACAAAGAAGCCUGCGAGCUCCUUGAGAAGGAGGUGCUCCCAUUCCUGAGUCCUACUCAGCGCCUCCCCACUUUUUUCGAAGACGUUAUGCUCAGUGGGCUGCUUGAAUCACCGUGGAGAUUGUAUGCGCUGCUUCUGGCGCGGUAUGACAGCCUUCAUAAUGUGCCGGACGCGCGCUUGAAAUCAGACGAGGCGAUCAAAAUCGCUGCGACGCAGUACCAGGACCCCGAUGCGUUGGUUGAAUACGCGUCCAUGAUGAUGAACGAGAACAACCUCGACCUAUACGAGGAGUACAUGUCGAAAGCUGCCACUGCCGGAAAAGCGAAUGCCUGCUUUUUCCUCGCCAACUUCUACUAUCUUACCUUCCACGGCAGAUACCCAACUCGCGGCGAGAGAGCGGAUAAGCUCGCUAGCCAAGGGGCGGAAUCUUCAAAACCAGAGGCGAAGCCGUCUGCCUCUCCCGAGAAAGAUGCAUCGCCAGUGUGGGUGUGGAUCACCUCAUUCUUCGGACAGUCCUUGAAACGUGAGGAAUACCGUGCCCUUGCCAAGGAUUGGUACUAUCUUGCCUAUCACCAUGGCAAUAAGAGAGCAUCACUGAUGAUGGCCUUGAUGGCCCGCGAAGAUGGCGAUACGACGAAUGGAUUAAUCUUCCUCGAGCAGGCGCAGAUGGAGAAGGAUAGGGACUUUGCGGGUAAACUGGAGGCAUUGAAGAUGAACUGGGAGAACCCGGACUAUGUACCGAAGCUGCCGAAGAGGAUGCUGGACGUGCAAUAA